AAUUCUGCAAGUGGUUCUGAUUUACUAUCGCUGUUCUGUAGUUGGUCUAAAACCACUUUUGACCUAAAGGGACGCUUUUUGGACGCCAUAGACUUUUCUCAGUUUCCAGGCAGAAAGAACAGACAAAAUGCAGGCAGGGCACAGGACAAAGCACUAGGGACAAAAUGUAUGUGAAUAUGUAAAAUUUGUCUGGAGAAAAAUGACAUUUUUAAAAAUGUUUUAAUUUCCCGCCGCUGGCGGCGCCCGUACAUCCCGACGUCACAGGGACCGGAACACCGAAGCCCGAUGCCGGCAUCGGUCGGAGGAGAUGGCCGGUCCCCGGCUGCAGGGGACACAU